AUGAAUUUACCUGAUCUAUUAGGAAAUGAACAAAUUGAUUUAAAUCGGUUGAAAAAAACUGCGUUACUCCACCAAACAGAUAUUCCAAAAAAUCCACGAAUACAUCGUACAUUGUCAACAUUGGAUAGCGUUUUAAAUGUGUUGGAAGAACAUGGUAGAACAUCCAAAAUUGAAAUAGAUAACCUUGUGGACGAAGUAAACAAAGGUCAACAUUAUCUAACUCGAAAAUUACAUGAAUCGCAAACUCAAUAUCUUAAAUUACAAGCUCAUAUAGGCAGUAUUCAAAGUUUGAAAGAAUGUUAUUGCCGAUAUGUAAAACUAUUAGAUGGUGCACGAACAAUGUUCAAUGCUUAUCAGAAUUCAAAAAAGUCAACAUCAUUAGUAUCAACAACAACGUCGCAAGUGAAAUUAGGACUUAAAGAGUGCACUCAAACAUUAUGUGCAAUUGAAGCACAGUUGGAAUCGAUGCUUGGCACAUUUGUAUUAAAAUUAAACGAAAUCACUGGUUUUUCUCGGAUAUGCACCGGUGAUGAAUAUGAAAUUAUUUUACGUUACGGACAACAAAAAACUAAAACAAGAGGAAAAAUACAGCGGGAUAAAACUCAAACAUGGAGUAAAAAUGUAUUUUAUUUGAAAGCCAAACUAGCCGAUUUAUUAUUUAUAAAAGUUAGCGAAAUUAAAUUAUUGGGUACAUCGCAUACAGUUGGAAUCAAAUAUUUUGAAGUAAACAAUUUAUAUUCGAUAAAUCAACAACGAAUGAUUGUUAAUGCCAAUCAAGCUGCAACAAUUAAGUUGCAAUUUGUCGUCUUCUGGGAUAUGUACCAUCAAGUUGAUACUAAAUUUACUUAUUAUAAUCCAAAUCGUUCUUAUUCUGAUGUUACACGUACAUGGUCAAUGUUUAUUAGUAAUAAUACAGUAUUACGUACAGUUAACGAGACAUUAUCGAAUCGUCCAAUAUCUUCUACUGCAUUUAGUUCAUCUUCACAAUCUCUAUCAUUCUUGAAUUCAAAACGUAUAUCAUCAUUUUGGCCAGUAGAAAAUGAUCCAUUUCGACUGGAAUUAAAACAACGUUUACAUACACAAAGUGAUAUAACACAAUUUCCAACAUAUUCUGAAUGUUCAAAUGGAGAAUAUCUCGUGCCAAACGUGGAAGUUGAGUAUGAUGAAAUUGAAUCAAUAUCUAAACAACAAAUUAAUAAUAGUAAAUCUGAAGAUCUUAUUGAACAAUCCUCAGCAGAUUUACCAUAUAAGAAUACAUUUGAAACAGUCGAGACUACUGACAAAACUGUUCUAAAAGAGAAUGAACAGAGGAAAGAAUCUACUAAUAUAGCAUCACCAUCAACAAUUUCGCUCGGUGAAAACGAUAAAAAAUACCAUUUAGCAUUAGAAGAGACAAUAGAUUAUAAAAUGAACGCAUUAUCAGAUAUAGAAUCCUCAGCACCGACAAGUAUUGAAGAAGACAGAGACCAAAUAUCUAAAGAAGACGAAGAAAUAAUAGAACAAAAUUCAGAGAAUGAUUCUCCUGAUGAUUUUCAUAUUCGUUCUCGUUCGUUGUCAUUGGGUAUUCAGUCUAUGGAUGGUGAUAAUUAUGUUUAUGAAUUAGAAAUGUUAAUUCAACAGAUUAAAACGUGUUUGGAUGAUAUAAGAAUAGGAAAUGAACAAGUUAUAUUUGAUCAAUUAGAUGAGAAUAUAUCUGAUUUAGAUUCGACAAUUAAACAUUCAAUUCAUGAACAAACAGAACGAAAUUUAGAAAUCGAAGAUGUUAUGGAAGGUUUUGACUUUUUAAAUGAAAUGACAACAGACGAAAUAGAACAACAACAACAACAGAAGGAUGAUAACAAACACGAAGAAGAAAAACAGCAGACAAUCGUUGUUACAAGUGAUGAUGGUCCAGCACCUCAUAAUGCUGAUUUUUAUUCAAAAAGAAUUGAUUCAGGAUUUAUCGAUAGUUCAAGACCUUAUACUCCACCACCAUCAGCUAUAAGUACAACGAUAAAUGAUUCAAUCAAUAUGAUAAUAGUUGAAUUGUUACGAAUUAUUUUGAAAUUAUUACACUACAUCCAAAGUCGGAUCAAUAUUUUAAGAGAUUGUGAAAAUUUGACAGUUAUAAAAAAAUUAAAUGAACAAAUUUCACAACUAAGACUUGCUUCAUUAUGGUGUAAAAAUGAAGUACGAGAUACUAAUCAAGAAUCGGAUUAUGUUAAAUCGAGUGAUUAUGAAAAUGAUCAAUCAUUAUGGACAGUAAUUAGUGAACAUUUACUCUCAGAUCUUUGUUGUUUAUCGUACACAUACAUUCGCCCAAAACAUAUUACAUUAUUACAAAUUUUAUUUCUACUCAAUGAUAAUGAGAUGUUUGAACAAAAGUUAAAAUUAUCUAUUGAGCAAUUUGGUUUUAUUAAAAAUAUUGUUAAUAUGGUCACAAACAAUGAUUAUAAAAAUCUUGCCCUAAUGUUAAAUAGAAACACAUUGAACAACAAUGAACUUAUUGAUCAAAUAAUAAUAGAAAUGAAUUAUAAUAUUCCAGAUGAAUUUAUUACUGAAAUAUCAACAGAAUUUCGUUUCGAAUUAAUUAAUCAUUUAAAAUCUUUAUUGAACAAAGAUGGACCAUCUAUUCGAUUAGCUAUUCAUAAAACAAUUCUUCGUGUACAACAAAUUGGACUUGCAAAUUAA